AUGCAAUCAGUUCUCCACAAGAUCGUCGGCCCUAAAGAGGUUCAUCCGGAGAACCUCGAAGGGCGCGUCGCAGUAGUCACUGGCGGCGCUCUCGGAAUCGGCUACGAAGUAAGCCGCGCGCUAGCCCUCGCUGGCGUGAAAGUAAUUAUGGUGAACCGCAAAGAAGAACAAGGCUCCGACGCCAUUUCUAGCAUCAAGAAAGAAAAGGCGGACGCAGACGUUGAGUGGAAGCAUUGUGAUAUGGGCAGCCUCAAGGAAGUCAAGGAAGUCUUUACCGAGUUGCGCAACUCACUCGAGCGUCUCGACUUCCUCGUCCUUUCCGCGGGAAUCAACACGAACCAAUUUGGGAAGGACGCCGAUGGUAUCGAUCGUCACUUUGGCGUGAACUACCUAGGUCACUUUUAUGUGUGCAACCAGCUAUGGCCGGUGCUUCGCAAGACAGGAAAAAUGGGUACCAAGCCCGCACCAAGGGUCGUCUUUGAGUCAAGUGAGAUGCAUCGCACAGCGCCACCAGAUGUGCACUUCGCGAGCAUGGACGAGAUAAACGAUAGCUCCAUGGACCCCACACGACUGUAUGGACGCACUAAGCUGGCUAUGAUCCUGUGUGUGAAGUUCGGCCUACGAGACCGUGUCAUUAAGCCUAAUGGUGAUAACGUAUACGCUCUCGCUGUACACCCAGGCGCAGUCAAUACGGCUAUGCAGCAGCAGUGGAAAGACGCAUAUCCGGGCAUUACCGGCAAGCUGUUGUCGAAUGCCAUGCUCUUUGCCGGCCGGGACGUUGAGCAAGGGUCCUACAGUGCGCUUUGGGCAUGUACAGCGGACGAGAUCGAGGAGAAGAACAUGAACGGAUUUUACUUCAACGAUCCUUUGCAGGGCCAACCAGGCAAAGAGACUUCCCAAGCCAGCGACGAGAACCUUGGUGCUGCGCUGUGGGAUUUAAGUGAGCGAAUCAUCAAAGACAAGCUGGGCGAGGAUGCGCUUGUUGACUGGGCUGCGAAGGAGUAG